AUGGCCGCCCUGCAGAUCGCACCUGGCACACGGAGCUGUGAUCGUCUGACGGAGGAUUUGAAGAUCAUGUUCAGUACCGAUGCCAACGCUUCUCAACGGGAGGAGGCCCUGCAAGACUUCAAAGGCGGCAUAGCAGCCAUGAGACAGGAGAGCGCACUCUUCAGCCUCCUGGCUUUGAAAUUUCAGCAGAUGGGAAAACUCAGCUUGCGAAGGCCCAAGUCAAUCCCUCGCUGGAAGAUUCUCAUCAAGCAGAUCUUUGAAAAGGCCCUGGGCCCUGCUGGGCCUGCAGGCUUGAGGGCGGACCUGGAUCAGUGUGGAACCCUCACCAAGGAACAUCCUCCAAUGGUGCAGAUCCCCGCAUUGUCUGGUGAAACUCUGGCUGAGCUUGAUAAGGACCUGUAUGCGCGCAUGGUGGAAGAUGGCAGAUCUGUGAAAGACCUCAAACAGAAAGAACUCAUGCGUGCAUGCAGAAAGAAUCGUGCUGGCAAAGUCGAGAAGCUUCUUCAAGAACCACAGGAUCCCAACGGGGGUGGUGAUAACAUUCCCAUUCACGAAGCAGCUAUGGAGGGCCACCUACAAGUGCUGCAGCUGCUGGUGGAAGCCAGAGCUGAUACAAAUGCAGCAAGGGGUCGUGGGGAGACAGCCUUGGAUUUUGCGGUGGAACGUGGUCACUUCCAUGUGUUGAAAUUCUUGGUGGAAUCUGGAGCCAACCCAAACAGCGAUCACUUUUUUGUGGCAGCGCUCUGUGACAGCUUGGAAGCUGUGCAAUUGUUUCUAGAGGCUGGAGCAGACAAGAACUAUGCCAACUAUGCCCCUGAGAAUUAUAAUAAACCUUUGUACAUGGCAGCUGAGCGUGGCUCCUUGGAAAUGGUGCGAUUGCUAGCUGAAGCUGGGGCAGACAUCGAUGCAGCAUUAACACCCAAGGAUGGAGACAAGGACGUAGCAAGUGCUGAAGGUGUCAGACCUUUGCAUCUCGCCGCUUGUGCCGUCAGGGUCAAGGGUCCUGGUUUCGGUCGUUCGCUUUUUCCAAAUGCACGAGGUGGUCGCAAAGUGGUGAAGGUGUUGCUGGAGGUUAGAGCUGAUGUGAACGCGGCCGCACGAGAUGGAAAGACAGCACUGCAUGCCGCAGCUUUGCGAGGCUGCUUGAAAGCAGUCCAGCUGUUGCUCAAUGCUGGAGCUGACAAAAGCAGCCUACCACGAUUCAGAGAGAGAAUUGUCAUGGCGUUUGGCUUCUGUGGCGCCUGCGAGGGCGAUGCAAUGACCCUUAAGGGACCCUUGGAGGCGCGCUUGGAAUCCAUGAACAUUGAUCCUGAUGUGGUCGAGGAGAUGUUCGACAUCAUCGAUGUGGACGGCAGUGAUGAUGUCACUGAGGCAGAGAUGAUCUUCGGCAUUGAGUUGAUGUUGAAGCUACAAGAGGAGUCCGACGAUUUCGACAUCGACGACCUCAGGGAGAGGAUGCCGCACCGACAUCAGCAGCAUCAUCACCACGACCACCACCAUGAGCACCAGCAUCUGCGCGAGAGUAUGGAGGAGGAACAUCCAACGCUGCAACUGACGAGGAAGGCCACUGUCACGGCGAGUGAGGCUUCCUCGCCGCGCUGAAGCUGUGAAGGACUGGGUUUUUGUCAAGUGAAGUUCGGC